AUGGGCGAGGCCGCCAGCUUACCAUUGUUCCCCCGCAUGGCAUCCCGGCAGCUCUCUCAUGAAAUCGUGGCAAGGCUUGCGUUGCUCAGUUACUCGGGCCCCUUCAGUGAGACCAUCACCAAGGGUGAGCUUUGGCACAGACGAGAUGAGCAUCCAUCUUCCCUUGAGAGAGAGCGGUCAAUCGAAACGCGGAUCAGUGCCAUAACGUACCGACCUAUCAGUACGUAG